GGGGUCACGAGCUGGAACAGAUGCAGCUUAUUCUGGAGACAAUCCCUGUUAUCCACGAGGAGGACAAAGAGGAGCUGCUCAAGGUGAUGCCCAUGUUCAUCAACAGCACGUGGGAAGUGAGGAAACCUCUGCGCAAGCUGCUCCCCGAGGUGGACAGUGAAGCUAUUGAUUUUCUGGAGAAGAUCCUGACCUUCAACCCCAUGGAUCGCUUAACGGCCGAGAUGGGGCUGCAGCACCCUUACAUGAGGCCCUACUCCUGCCCCGAGGACGAGCCCGUGUCCCAGCACCCCUUCCGCAUCGAGGACGAGAUCGAUGACAUCUUACUGAUGGAAGCCAACCACAGCCAGAUGUCCAACUGGGACAGGUAUCACGUGAGCCUCUCCUCCGACUUGGAAUGGAGACAGGAGAAACACCACGAGAUGGAUGAGGUACAGAGGGACCCUCGGGCAGGCUCCGAGUCCAUCGCCGAGGAAGCACAAGUGGACCCCAGGAAAUAUUCCCAGAGCAGCUCGGAGAGGUUCCUGGAGCUCUCCCACUCCUCCAUGGACCGAGUGUUCGACGCCGACUGCGGGAAGUCGUGCGAUUACAAAGUGGGGUCGCCCUCCUACUUGGACAAAUUGCUGUGGAGAGACAAUAAACCCCAUCAUUACUCCGAGCCCAAGCUGAUUUUAGAUCUGUCCCACUGGAAAAGAGCAGCCAUAGCCCCCGCCGCCGAGCUGGCGUUGGAAGAAGAACCAUCCAACCUUUUUCUGGAGAUCGCUCAGUGGGUGAAGAGCACCCAAGUGGGUCUGGAGUGUCCAAGCCCCCUUCCGGAGAUUCAGGAACGGGACCUGCCCUCAUCUCCUCACCACCUCCACCAGGAACCCGCGGAGGUGAGCAGCGAAACGGACCCUGAGUUUAACCUGGACGUCUUCAUCUCCAGGGCCUUGAAGCUCUGCACGAAACCCGAGGAUCUUCCAGACAACAAACUCAACGACCUCAACGGGGCCUGCAUAGCCGAGCACCCCGGGGAGAUUGUCCAGACAGAGGUGUACCAGAAGGAGAGGUGGUGA